UUUAAAAGUAAGUUGAAAAGUGGAGUAUAGAUAUUUUACAAAGUUAGCCUAGGCCGACAUAUGAUACGAAAUCAAACAUUUUAACUUGUAUAAUAUUAAGGAAACUGAAUAACAUUGGAAAUAUUUUAAAACUGGUAUUGGUAGCUCACGGAUUUUCAACAUAAAUCCUCAGUCAAAAUGAGUGAAGAUCAUUCAGUAAAAGGAGUAAAAGAAUCGGAAAACGAAGAUAGUCUUUUAAAAGAAAAGGAGACACUACAGGAUGGAAACACUACACAGAUAUCUGCUGCAACAGAUAAAAUUAAUCCUUUAGACGAAAAAGAUUUGACAAAAGAAUCUCCUCAAUCCGAAGACACGACAAAAGAUCACCACGCCAAGAAGGGUCAUCCGUCCAAGACAACCCAUCCUACACCAAAGGCUCAUCCCCCUAAAGAAGGAACCCACCAUGCCAAGCAACCCCAUCACGCUAAAGAUACGCACCAUAAAAAAGAAGAGGGCCACUCGAAAGAUACGCAACAUAAAAAAGAAGAGGAUCGCCAGAAAGAAACGCAUAUUUCGAAAGGAGAUAAACCCCAUUCAACUAAAGAAAAUCAUCAUUUGAGUAAGACACAUCCUGUCAAAGGGCACAAAGAAGACCACCACACUAAAGAAACGCUUAGGACGAAGGAACAUCCAACUAAGGAAACGCAUGGUUCGAAGGAACAUUCCACUAUGGAAACGCAUGGUUCGAAGGAACAUCCCACUAAGGAAACGCAUGGUUCGAAAGAACAUCCAACUAAGGAAACGCAUGGCUCGACAGUACAUCCCUCUAAAGAAACACACCAUGCGAAAGCAGCUCACCACCCAGCAAAACAAAAGCAUGACCAAAAGGAGAAGGACUCGAAAGCAAUUACAGAACAGUCAAAGGAUGAGCAUGAUAAAACACAUCAUGAUAAGGAUAUCCCGAAAGACGCCCAUCAUGAAAAAGAAAAACCGAAAGGAGUCCAUCAUGCUAAAGCUGCACAUCCUUCAAAAGAUGUUCAUCAUAAAGAUAAAGAAUCAAACCACCCAAAAGAAGCGCACCAUCCUAAGGCAGCUCACAACCCCAAAGCAGCAGACAAAUCAACAGAGAAACAUCAUACAAAUGGUGCACAUCACCCAAAACAUCCCGUUAAACAGGAUAAAGACAUAUCAAAAGCAUCAUAAUGAUUCGUUUAUUGAUUUAUUUAUGACUAGCAUCACUUACGUUUUUUUUAUUUAUUUUAAUACUAGUAAGUCAAUUGUAUAGCUACAUUGUUUGCCUUUUAUGUCAUACUUGAACGAUAUAUGUAUGAACGCCAUUGCUUAAGAUUGGUAGAGCAACUGGAUUUUUUAAUUUUGUUUAAUUACAGAAUUAUAAUAUUAUUGUUUUAUCGGAAAGAGGUAGGGCCAAUUUGUCGGGAAUUUUUUUCAUUCGAUAAGAUAGGUAAAUCAUGUUUUAAAUAGCUUGAUAGAUGCUCAUAAUAGU